AGUCGUGUUUGUUGGCAAGGUGUAACUCAUUGACAUAAGAAGAGUAACGCUUGAGAACCUUCACGGGGAGGAUACUAUAUUACAACAAUAAGUAAUUGUAUUACUGUAAUAACAAGAGAAGAACUCGUGCCAAGCCUCUCAUCAGCUGAUCCACUUGUCAACAUGGAUCACGGUGAAAUGGAUCCGAACAUGUCCAUAUUGGUGUCAUCGCUCACCAUUGCGACGCAGAUGGCGUUGUCGCACGUCAUCCGCGGCCGCCUCAGCGAGAUGCUUGAGAGUGAGAUGUUGAAGGGCUGUUUGCUGGAGCUGAUCGCCGCCGCCGAAAUGUGUGGCACUUGCUAUGAGCUCAUUAUCAUCGCUGAUAAUUACGGCGUGUGGGCGUACGGCGUGUACCUCUUCCUCAUGACCAUCUGGUGGGGCCAGUCAUGGGGCUCGGCGACCGCCUGCCCCUACAGCCUGUUGGAGGAAUACGUGGAGCAAGGAUCCAACCCAGUCCACGUGGUGCUCAAGAUUAUAUCACAGGUCAUUGGCGGCAUCGUCUCCUUCAGGUGGGUGAAGCGGCUGUGGAUGAUGGAGCUGGCGGCCACGCACGUGGGGAGAGGUAUCGAUGACUGCUCGGCUGACCUGCAGGUACCUGUAAUAUUUGGUUUCCUGAUCGAGGCUCUGCUCACCUGCGCCUGUCGACUCUUCUCAAGAGCUCUGGGUGAACUUGAGCCCAAGUUUGCUUCUGCUAUCGACUCAUUCUUUGCCACCUCCAUGGUGAUCCUCGCUUUCGACUACUCUGGCGGCUACUUCAACCCUGUGCUGGCGACAGGCCUCAAAUGGAACUGCCAGGGCCACACUAACGCCGAGCACAUCGUGGUGUACUGGGCCGGCUCCAUCUUGGGUGCUAUGCUAUCACUGCGACUCUGGACCGUUCCCUCGGUCAAGAGUACUAUUGUCACACCCUUCAAACCCAAGCAGGAAUGAACAAGCAAUGGAAAGAACGUUUCGCAAACUUUUCCUGCACGAGUUAUUCUUGGUCGGCGCACAGAAAACACACUGAUGUAUUACUUCACUUUCAGGAAGAGGACCAGCGGCAAGCCCUUCCCCUUCCAAUACCUCCCACUGCUGCCCCCGUACUCCGCAGCGGAUGGCGCUCUCAGGAGUCCCGCCUGGCUUAGGUUGUCUCAACAACUUGAUAAACCAGCACACACAAAGUAAACCGUUCGAAUUCAUAGACUUUCCUGCACAAUAUCUUCCCCAUGGGUGAAACAGACUGAAGGCGUCGUUAUCGCACAUCCCUAACUACCUCUCAUCUCCCCUAACACACACCAAUUUAAGAGUUGUGAGUUUCCAAAGCACUUCCAUUUAAUUUGAAACUCCAGCUUGCUGUCUUCUCUUUAUUUGCUGUCAUACUUUAGUGCAGAUCUGUUUAGGAUGUAGAAUCAAAUUUUUCAAAGCACUGCAUGGAAUUCGAAUUUCAAGCCUCCUGCCCUCUUCUUAUAUUUUCGUAUCUUCCCAGAAUGUAGUUUUGUGUAGAAUAUAUAGCCAGCUUCUCAGGGCAGGAAGCACCAUGAAGGAAGACGCCAUUCACCCAUCACAGCGAAACAAAGACUUUUGGGUGUACGUAGAUAGUAUUUCCAGCACUGGCCACCGUCACCAAGGUUGUACAGGAUUCGCUCGACUAGAACAGUUAUUGCAGUGUUGAUAGUUGACAGUAGAUAAAACAAAAGUUAACUUUUUUUUUAAUUGUGUGUGUGUGUGUGUGUGUGUGUGUGUGUGUGUGUGUGUGUGUGUGUGUGUGUGUGUGUGUGUGUGUGUGUGAAAUAGACUUUUGCAUAGUUUAGUUCACCCUUUGCUCAAUUAUUGUUUAUUGUACACCAGAAAUGCAAUGCUUCCUUCCGUGCCUUCAAUGAGUGUAAUGGAAAAUUCACAUCACUUAUGAGACAACAUUUGUUAUUUUAAGGAUAUUUAUUGAUACUCUCGAGUUGAAUAAUUCUAAGCAUUCAGUCAAAGCGAAAGUAA